CCGACGGGAUUGGGACGUAGAGAAAACCGGGCGGAAUACAAGGCAGAUGGCCACUUACAGGGACUGAUCAAUGGAAUGUGCAACGACAAGGCGCGUGAGGUUCUGUUGAGAAGGUUUUUGUGAGAUGGUGGUGCUUGCUCGGCCUCCAGCUUCGCUCCUUCCACUUUCCAAGCUGUGCCAUUGGCUCUUGAAUCACCUGAGCUUCUUCUUCUACCGAACAUCAUCAUGUCUUCCGCUCUCAGAAUUGCCCGCGCUGCCCGCCCUCUCGUCGCCAACCCUCAGGUUGCCCGCUUCUCGAUCGCUUCUCGCAGAAUGGCUGCUGGUGACGCCGGCUCUCCCAGGUCCGGUGGUGCUGCUUCCGGUGACGCUUUCUCCCGCCGCGAGGAGGCUGCCGAGAACCUCUACGUCAAGAGACAGGAGGCCGAGAAGCUCGAGGCCUUGAGACAGAAGGUCAAGGACAAGGCCGACCUUGAGAAGCACGACAAGAAGUAAACUAGAUGCAUUGGACAUCUAUGACCAGAAUCGCUACGAAUUCAUG